UGGGUUCAGUUAAACAGUGUUAGAUACGAUAGCGUUACUGACUUUGAUGGUGACACGUUAAAAAUGUUUAAUUACGAGCACACUAUCAUGGUGUUGGACAUGUAUUAUGGAAUUGUCAAACGUCAAAUUCUUCAUUAUCAAAGCUGUAUAACUGGUCUCUUUCCUCAAGUAUCUACUGAUAAGACUGUUGGAAGCGUCAGGGAAAGUAUAUACUGUGCUGCUGCUAUUUGGAGUUUGUAUCAGGCCUAUAGACGUAUAGAUGACGAUCGAGGAAGAUCUUACGAACUUGGACAAUCCGCGAUUAAGUGUAUGCGAGGAAUAUUGGAGUGCUGGAUGAAACAGUCUGCCAGAGUAGAAUUAUUCAAGAAAAAUCAAUGCAAUCGCUUUGCUCUACACUGUAAAUUCCAUUUAGAUACUGGAAAUGAGAUAUUUAAAGAUGAGCAUUACAAUCACUUGCAGAUCGAUGUCGUGUCUUUAUAUUUAAUUUUUCUGGUACAAAUGAUCUCAUCCGGAUUACAAAUUAUUUAUACACAAGAUGAAGUAGCUUUUGUUCAGAAUCUAGUUUACUAUGUUGAAAGAGCGUAUAGAACACCGGAUUACGGCAUGUGGGAGAGAGGCAGUCGAUACAACGAUGGCACACCGGAAAUACAUGCUAGCUCAAUUGGUAUGGCUAAAAGUGCACUCGAAGCCAUUAAUGGAUGUAAUCUUUUUGGCGAAAAGGGAGCAUCUUGGUCAGUUAUAUACGUUGAUAUAGAUGCUCAUAAUCGCAAUCGCAGUAUUUUUAAAACAAUGCUUCCAAGAGAAUCCAGUUCCAAAAGCGUUGACGUUGCCUUGCUACCAACCAUUUCAUUUCCGGCUUUUUCAACUCACGAGGAAGCUCUGUAUAAUGAAACAAAAGCCAAUAUAAUCAAACGAUUGAAAGGAAAUUAUGGUUUUAAGCGAUUUGCUAGGGACGGAUACAAGACCGUAUUGGAAAAUCCGGAAAACCGUUAUUAUAAAUCCGACGAGAUACAGGAAUUCGAUAAUGUGGAAUGUGAAUGGCCAUUGUUUUAUAUUUUUAUGAUCAUAGACGGAGUUUUUAAUACGUUGCCCGAACAAGUAACGGAAUAUCAAGCUUUGCUCACUGCUAGAUUGUCCAAAGAUUCUCACGAAGACCCUGUAGUUCCAAUGUACUAUUAUGUUCCUGAGGAUAGCAUCGAAGCCGUGAAGAGCGAUCCGGAAGGUGCGAUAAAAAUUUCAAGUGAUAUUGGCAAAGGCUGUAAAUCAGGGGAAGAGCAUAUUCCUAUCUAUUUAUGGAAUCAAGCAAUGUAUGUUAUUGCACAAUUACUUACUGCAAAUUUAUUGCAUAUCAACGAAUUGGAUCCAAUUCGUCGAUAUUUACCAUCGUAUAAUAGGCCAAGGAAAGUAGGGCGAUAUUCUGCUUUUCAGGAUACCCAUACUGAUCUUGUAGUACAAAUUGUUUUGAUCGCUGAAUCCAUGAGACUGCAAGCUAUGAUGGCCACAUACGGAAUACAAACUCAAACCCCCCAUGAAGUAGAACCUGUGCAAAUUCUUUCAUCGACACAAUUAAUCAAGGUUUAUCAAUGCCUUGGUGUAAAUAGUAAAUUAGAUCUUAAAGGCAGACCGGCAAGGCCAAUUGGUUCCUUGGGUACCAGCAAGAUAUAUCGGGUAUGUGGUAUGACAGUUCUUUGUUAUCCUUUAAUAUUCGAGGUAUCGGAAUUUUAUUUAUACCGUGAUUUGGCUUUACUUAUUGAUGACAUUAAAACAGAGCUACAGUUUGUCGGGAAAUACUGGAGAUUAUCGGGAAGACCCACCGUUUGCCUUUUAAUACGCGAGGAGCAUAUGAGGGAUCCACAGUUUAAGGGAAUGCUCGAUCUUUUUGCUAUGCUGAAAAAAGGAUAUUGCGAUGAGACGAAAGUGCGCAUCGGUAGACUUCAAAAUUUGAUAUCAUCGUCUUGUAUAGAACAUUUAGAUUUUAUCAAUACAAUGGAUACGGAUUUGGAAUUGAGCCAAUUUAAGCAGUUGGAACACGAUUAUAUCGGCUACCAAAGCUUAACCGAUGUCCCAAUAGUCCUUUCUUACGACGAAGAUUUAAAAGAUUUUUCCUUUUUUCAGAAUAUGAAAGACGAAUCUACCAGUAAUAUAAUACAUGCCAUUAGAAAUACUGAAGGUUUGUAUGGAAAAUGCCAGCUAUACGGCAUACUUUUGCAACGAGAGGGUGUGAAUUAUCAAAUCAAUGGUACAACAGUUGGGGAAACUUUAAGGUCAUUGUAUCAGCAGUCGGGAAGCCUUCGCCAUUGGAUGGCUGUGCGUUAUUGCAGUAGUUUAUUAAAUCAUACUGUCGAUAGUAUUAGUCCAUUUAUAACGGGUGUCCUCGUCAAAGGCAAACAAAUUGCCGUUGGUGUUAUUGGACACCAUGAAACUGUUUUCGACAAGCCCAUGACACCUGCCGAAAUUCAAUCGGUCAUGUAUUCCACCAUCCAGCCCCAUAAUAUUAUACAAGCUGUACUGCAGCAAGAAGUAUUGUUAUAUUGUGGUCGACUGAUCGGAACUAAUCCCGAAAUGUUUAAAGGAAUACUUAAAAUUCGAAUCGGAUGGGUUUUAGAGGCUAUGAAACGGUAUUUGCAAAUAUUUGGAAGAACUUCGAAGCCUUUGGAAAAUUACAGCCCUUACGAAAUACGUCAACUACUUAUAAAAGUCUUGACGGUAAAAGAUUGGGCAUUUAAGGAGAAUUUGUCAAUACUGGAAAGAAGAAAAAUUGAGGGUAGUCUGUGCAGAGUCCCAUCGCACUUUUACAAUCAGGUUUGGCAAGUACUUGAGAGAUGUUCGGGUGGUAUUUGUGUUAAUGGACAUCAAGUGCCACAGCAACCAACUUUGUCAAAAAUGACGCGAUCAGAACUUACUUUUGCUCUUCUUGUCGAAUCAAUACUCCACCAUAUAAAUAUUCCAGAAUAUCGUCAAAUUGUUAUCGAGCUUUUAAAUAUCGUUUCGACAAUUUUAUUGAGAAAUCCAGAAUUAACUUUUCAAAAACAGUUAAAUUUAAAUAAACUAGUUGAUGAUGCCUUUAUUAUAUUUUGCAAGGAUCAUUGUUUGGAAAGAACAAAAGACAUGACGCUGUUCUUCUCUGCAAAUUAUUCUCAUACAACAAGCUUUCUAUCUAGGGCAUUUGUAAAUAAUUUUCUCACAAGUGAUAGUGUUAAAAAUAUUUCGAAUACCGGGGGUAAUUUAGAAGUAAAUGAAAUAUGCAAGAUCACAUAA